AUUGUUGUUGGAAUAUAUACCCUUCAAACGAUCGAGUUGUGUGGUUAAUUGUUACUGCUCUUUGAACUUCGGUCAUGGAGUCUUUCAACAAAUCCAGCGCGGUGAAGCUCCGAAGCCACAUGGACAAGUACCUGUACGCCGACUACGACCAGAAGACGGUACGCCAGAGCCGAAGCGGCUCCUCGCGCAGAGCUAAAUGGUUCGUGGAGUUUGUCGAAGGGAAAAACCACGCGAUACGCUUGAGGAGCUGCGACGGAAAGUACCUCACCGCCACGGACGUCGCGUUUCUUCUAGGUAUGACCGGGUACAAGGUGCUCCAGACCGAGCCGGAUGAAGGUUACUACUGGAAGUACGAGUGGGAGCCGAUACGGGACGGGUUCCAGGUGAAGCUGAGGACCUGGUGCGGGAAAUACCUCCGCGCGAACGGAGGAACGCCGCCGUGGAGGAACUCGAUCACGCACGACGACCCGCACAGCUCGUCCACGCAGAAUUGGAUCCUGUGGGAUGUGGAGGCGGUGGAGUCGGAAUCGGUGCUUAUGUCGUCUCGGUCGAGCUUGUCUUCAUUGUCUGAUGAGGUCUUCGGUUCGGAACCGGAGUCCCCCAUGUCGGUUAUCUCCUCCACGGCUUCAUCGAGAUUUUCUUCAAAGCAGAGCAUGUCCAACAAGUUCCGCUCAGGAAUGGGCCUCUUCCACAACGCAAAGGCGGUGCGCCUCCGUAGCCACCACGACAAGUAUCUCCUAGCCGAGGACGACGAGGAGUCAGUCACCCAAGACCGAAAUGGAUCCUCCAAGACUGCCCGCUGGACCGUCGAGUUCUUGCCGGACUCCGACUGCAUCAUUCGCCUCAAGAGCUGCUACAACAAGUACCUCACCGCCUCCAACCAGCCCUUCUUGCUCGGUAUGACCGGUCGCAAGGUGGUCCAGUCUUUGCCCCAGAGGCUCGACUCCUCUGUCGAGUGGGAACCCGUUAGAGAAGGGACCCAGGUCAAGCUCAAGACUCGGUAUGGCAACUUCUUGAGGGCUAAUGGCGGACUCCCUCCCUGGCGGAACUCUGUGACCCAUGAUGUUCCUCACAGGACCGCCACCCAGGACUGGGUACUUUGGGAUGUCGAUAUCGUUGAGAUUCAGGUUCAGUCUCCGCGUCCUAAAUCUCCGCCUCCGGAACCGGUUCGACGUGUCGACUCUUUGGAGUUAAAUCCGAGCUCCCCAACUCCGGCUUCCAUCAAAUCUGGGAAAUUCUCAAGACAAGAGUCUGCUGAUCCUAAUGUGAGUUCGCCACCCAAGUCGGAUGGGAGGACUAUUUACUACCAUGUGGCCGAUGAGAAUGGUGUUGUGAUCGAGGAAGCUGUAGAGGGAUAUCCAUUUACUUUUAAGGGGAAUGGGGUCGAUGAAUUGACCCGUAAAUUGGAGGAAGAGACGGGGUUAGAGGGUAUCAUUGUGUGUAAUCGUUUUAAUGGAAAGCUUUAUCCCCUUCGCUUGCAGCUUCCUCCAAACAAUGCGUCUAUGAAUGUCGUAGUGGUUUUAUCGUCAUCAAAAGUGGCAAAGGACUUUGCAAAACAAGGUUUAUCAUGAUGAAGACCAUGUGGACAUCAUAAUUUUGUUCAAAAUAUCCACGAACGAAUGUUCUGUACAUUCUGAGUAAGGCAUGUUGCUGUUCGUGUGCCACCUCAAAGCAUCCUGGAACCAAUUUUAACAGGUUGCCCAUCUUGCCUGCUGUGUUUUGUACUGAAUGUAUCAAUCGAAUGGAGAGAAUUAAGAGCACAUGUGCAUAUAUAUUUUUUUUUUUUUAAAAAGUUUUUAAUGAUGGAGAGUCGUAAUGUUCGAUCAAUAAUGUUCCAAUCUGGUUCUUCUCGGAAACAAUUCAAAAGAUACUUUCUAUAGGGUUAGUGAGAAUAUGUUGUAAAAACUUCUGCAUGCUUUCUGCCUUUGGGGGAGCCAUGAUUUGAUGGUUUUGUAUCUCCUGGUACGCCCUCCCAGUUGCUUUUUGAGGCUUGUGUAAUUAAUUUUGCUGUAAAAUUAUUGAAAAAUUCUAUUUGCAA